AUGCCCACCAUAUCGCCCACCCAGGAGUCGGACAAGGAGAGAGUGCUCGAUGCGCUGAACGGGAGAGUCGCGGAACUAGCAGGCGCUAGGCAGACCCCCAAACGACGGGUCUCGGAGAACAGACUCUUUGCUCUCCUGAUAGGCGUCGACCGCUAUGCUUCAAAGGCCAUCGGAAAUCUCUCAGGAGCUGUGGCCGACGCCGAACGGAUGAGGACGUUCCUCGUCGAGCAAGAUCCGCCAGUCAGGAGUCACCGCAUCACGUCGUUGAAGAACGAACAGGCGACAGCGGGCCGCAUCAUCGAGAGUCUCUGCGCCCUUUGUGACGACGAAGGCAUCCAUCAUGGCGAUCCCAUAUUGAUAUACUACGCAGGCCAUGGCAGCAAGCUCAGAAAGCCAGCCGACUGGCCGUCCGCAGAAACCCACAUCCAGUGUCUUACGCCACACGAUGCACGGAUUGCUGGAGAUCAUGUCGACGGUGUCGUCUUGGACCUUACUUUCGGUGCUGUUCUCCACCGGCUAGCUGAUGCGAAGGGAAACAACAUCACCGUUAUCCUCGACUGCUGCCACUCGGGCUCGGCCACUCGCAUCACCGACCAAAGCAUUCCGCGCGGCGUCGAGUUCAAGGCCGCAGACGGAAAGACGAGCCUGGCGGUCAGCGCCUCCUACCAGAGGGACUUCUGGGACAGAGAUGGGACGUCCGACGUGCGCGGAUGCUGCCUCCUUCCGGCCUUCGCGAACACCGGACUGCAAUCUCAUACCGUCCUCGCGGCCUGUGCGUCGAAUGAAUCCGCAUACGAGGACCGUCAUACUCGGGAAGGGCGCUUCACGGCCGCCUUCCUGCGCGCGGUUCGGGUCGGAGGGACGGAUACGAUGACCUAUUCCGAGCUUAUGCGGCGCCUCGAGAUCUUGCCAUCGCAGACGCCGCAGUGCGAGGGACGUGGAAAGGACACUCGUAUACUCUUCGAUAGAGGAAUCGUCCAACGAGACCGCCCUUGCCACAUCGUCGAACGAAUCGGCAGCACGUAUACUCUGUACGCAGGCGAGAUCAACGGCGUGAGCUCGGGCGCGACUUUCGCGGUCUAUUCGGACCGUGAGACAUUCGCCUCCGGUGGCCCGUCCUUGGGCGAACUUACUGUCGACAAAGCCGGCCCGAUCACCAGCUUACUGCUGCCAAUGGAGGACUCUGCGAUCGACUGGCCCGAGAGCGCCUCCGAGGCCGUUGCCGUCAUGAUCCAUGUUGGACAGCAGAGCGCAUUCCGCGUGCACGUUGACGCCCUCGCGCACCCAGCGCUUAGCACAGCCAUCGAAGCGCUCGCGCAAGAGGUGCUUCACCCCACGAACUCGGAUUCUUCUUGGGUCGGCCUUGCACUUUCCUCGCGCGAUACAGCCCAUCUGUCGCUUAUCCCCCUCGGCGAUGCGGUACAAUUCGAGAUACUGGACCAGCGUAUCCGCGGGCUCGGGCUCGAGCGCCUCAACGGGACCGUUUCGGGGGACUCGACGUCGUUACGCUCCGCCUUGCGCUCUGCUGCACACUUCUUCUACCACCUCAGGUCAUCGCCCAUGAAGCAAGGCUUGAGCCGCGCUGUGGACUAUCGUGUGCAUGUCCUUGAGAAGUACAGGACUUCAAGGUCGGAUAUACCCAUCACGGCGUACAAACCCACCGGCGAGCUCGUCGACGUCAAGUCUCGCGACGCGUUCUAUCCCGAGAUGCCAAGGAGAAGCGGAAACGACAUACAACGCGCAUUCUACGGUGUCGACGUUAUCAAUACAGCUCCGAAGGGAUACGGCGAUGGUCUAUUCGUCUGGAUGUUCUACUUUGACUGCAGUACACUGGAGAUCGCCAGACUAUGCGAGCCUCCCAUUGGCAAAUCCGUCAAGCCUCCUUUGCCCGCUGGCAUGGAUCAACCUCUCCCGCUCAACUUCGGUGACGCAGGCGGUCGCCCGCUCACGUUCGCUCUGCCAAAAGGGCGGGCGACUGACGUCGGGUUCAUCCGCAUCUUCUUUGCCACUCAGAACGCGAAUCUGUUGAACAUCGCUCAACGAUCGGUGGUGCGCGGGACGCUAGUUGGACCGCGGUGGACGUCUGAGCCGGAGCUUUGGGAUGUCAUUACGAUUCCGGUCGUUAUGAAGUAG